AUGCAUAUCAUUGACCUGGCCACCAUCCCCGACUUGGCCAUUGCCUUGUUACUUGACUGGACGGACACAAACCGCUUGAUCGACCUCCCGAGCCGUCCUGCCAGGCUUGAGUGGAUUGGCAAAGCUUACAGGGAUUGGGUCGGGAACGAUUCAGAUAGAGUGAAUGCAAAGUUUUUCAGCUCAGAAAUCCUGAAGCCUGGGGGAACCUCCUACACAUCAGUUUCGCAGCACUAUAUAUCUGCCGCAGCAGCCCGUGGCUUCCUUAUUUUCCUGGAGAAGCUGGCACGGCAGUUUGCAGAAGACCACGGCUCCGAGGAUGACUUGCUCCGAGCUGGGUUGUGCGGGGGCUUGCAGCAGCUUCAACACAUCAUGAUGAGCAAUGGGAAGUUGCUGGGCGGGGAUGCCAAGGAGAGCUGCGAACAUUUUUAUAUCUUAUUCAGGUCGGCCCUCAAUCAUCUGGCAAUUGCGUUCGGUGCCCUUGCGGCCCGACCUGUUUUGAGCUUCGCCGACCUAUCCGGCCACGUGGCGCUAUGUGGCCGCGUGGCAGCGGCCACGUGUCAUGACAUGUGGCCGGUUGCCCCGUCCUGGAGCAGUGUCGCAACGGUAGACCUGCUAGAUGCCAAUUUCUGUUACUGUCAAAUCCGCCCAGCAAACGCACCGUCUCUCCCAGUCAACGGACCAAGCUGGGACACCCACGCAAAUCGAACUCCACAGCCAGGGUGCAGGACCUUGCAAGUCACCUCGCGCUCCCACUCUGCUGCCGGUCCUCGCAGCCCCGCCUCGGAGAAACGCCAAGGAGACACAGCCACUUCGAAGGGUCUUGCCAUCGCUGGCCACCAGCUGCGAACCAUUCUUCAGAUUCCUUGCCCGGCGUCACAGCUGCGCGUCUUGAAGAUGGCAUCGGACAUGAAGCAGUGCUGCUUCACCGACGCCACAUCGUCACCGACAUCAUCCACCAGGCAGUAUCCCAGCUCGGCAAGGUCCGGCUCAUGGCCGCCUGAGAACAUCUUCGGACUGGCAACUUCGCCACGGGAGUGGUGGCAAGACCUUCAGAAGGGGAUCUUCCAGGUCCAUCUCAAGAUCGGCGACAAGGACUAUGCCUUUGAUCAGUGCCCCCUGGACCCCUGCAUAUUUAUGCUGCGAGAGAUGAAGGACCACCGUUUCAUCGGCGAGCCCAUAGGCUACUUGGGGACCCAUGUUGAUGACAUUCUGGUCGUGGCCAGCGGCGCGGUCAGCGAGAUGAUCCGCAAGAGCCUCUCCUCCGCCUUCGCGAUCGACCGGUGGGAAAUUGGAGACUUCAGCUACGUGGGGUCCGAGAUCUCUUGCAAGGAGAACGAGGUGACGGUCACCCAGACCAAGUACGUCGAGAGCCGGCUCUUUCUCCUCGAGAUCCCUCGUCAUCUAUCUGACGAAGAGCCGGCAAGCUUCGAGUUGAAGACAGACAACCAAAGCCUCAUUGGGGCUUUGAGCUGGCUCUCGGCCCAAACCCGGCCAGAUUCGACGUGCAGUGUCAGUCUUGCACAGCAGCUACAGAAGAGUCCUACGGUUGGGGACGCCAGAUUCACGAAUCAGGUCUCCCAGCGGGCGACCAUGUACAAGGACCGUGGGCUAACCUUCAAGCCCAUCGACGAGGAGCACUUCGGGAUCCUCGUCUACCAUGAUGCAGCAUGGGCGAACGCGCUCGAGGCCGAGCACGACGAGCCCUACUUCGAGCUCACCCCGGAAGACCGAGAAGCUGGACUUCAGAAAGAGGGACCGUUCGCAGAGAAGGUUCGCAAGGCCAAGAGGGUCAACUCCAAAGUAGCUUCACAACUCGGCGGGCUCACCAUGUUUGCUGACAUGCGGAGUCUUACUGGAGUGCCAAGCAAUGCCACGAUCGGCGACUGGCGUUCCAAGGCCGGACAGAGAGUUUGCAGGAGCACCUUCGGAGCCGAGACACAAGCAUGCGUGGAAGGAGGACAAUACCUACGGUCCUUCUACGAGACAGUCAAGACCGGCGAGCUGGUCACCAUAGACCGAGCCCGCACUCCUUUGCUGUGCUUGAGCGAUUGCCGCUCCCUCUACGACCACGUCCACAAGGAAGGGGUACCGAGAGUGCCCACGGACCGCAGGCUAGCCAUAGAUCUAGCCGCCCUUCGACAGAACCUGAGAGCAGAGCAGUGGAGCACGAAGCUUCCGCCCGGAUGGGUCCCGAGCGGUCUCCAAUAUGGAGACAUUUUGACUAAGCCCAGCGAUCCAAAGGAUUGGUGGGACAUGAUCAGUACGCCUCUCGUCGUGCCAAUCGACAUUGGAGAGGUAACUUGUACCAGUACUGAUUUUGGAGAGAAGAAGACCAGUGUGAAGCACCAAGAUCGUAUGUCAUCCUGGAUACGCGAUUGCAGUUCUCGCAGUGCUGUUUGA